AUGGGACACGGCUCCCCGGAGGCAGGAUCGCCGCCUGUGCACGCCUGCGCUUCUCCUGCCCGCCAGUACGGGCACCUGUGCAAGCUCCAUCGUUCACGAGCCUUCCCCGAGGAGACGGCGACGUUCCGGCCUGUGGCCGACGACUCUCCCUACGGAGAAGGUCCCGGUCAUGAUGAUGCCACAGGCCACUCUGGAGAGCACUGCUCCUCCAAGGAAGCCGGCCCAGAGCUGGGGAGCACUUGCGCCAGCGGGAACCUGCUCGCCCCGGCCUCUGUCUGGCAGCUGCCUCGAAACAGGCCUCGGGCCCACAGCUGUGGGGACUCGCUGGGGGCCGGCCCGCCCCCCGCCCAGCCUCGCAGCCGCCUGAGGAAGGUCACUGAUGCUUCCCAGGAAGUGCAGAAUCCCCGAGCGAGUGCCGGGAGGGCGGCUGGGCACCCCCCAGAGGCCAGGGCCUGCGGCAGGGAGGAGUCCCCGGUCCCCAGCACCCAGUCUCCGGUGGCCACUUCCUGCAGCGGGGGCUGCUCCCGGCAGGAGGGCCCAGCCUCCGACUCGGAGGGCAGCGAGGAGAGCCUGCCGCGGGCCGAGGAGGGCCUGGCCCUGAACGAGGCCCUGCGGCGGCUGCGGCAGGCCAACCGGGAGCAGCACGCGGAGAUCCAGAGCCUGCGGAGCAGCAAGGCGCACCUGGAGGAGAAGGUGAGGGGGCUGCAGGCCAGCGCGGCCAAGCAGCGCGUGCUCGUGGGCGCCAUCGGGCAGCUGAAGGAGAACGUGGAGGCGCUGAUCGAGGACAAGUACCGGGUGAUGCUGGAGAAGAACGAGAUGGACCACACCCUGCAGAACCUGCACCGGGUCCUGGCCGGCACCCAGAGGCACCUCCGGGAGUCCCUCGACGCCAAGGAGACGCUGCAGCUGGAGCUGAAGAAGGUCCAGGCCAGCUACGUCCACCUGCAGGAGAAGUACGUGGCGGAGGUGCAGCCGGGCGGGCCCCCGGGCCUGGACGCCAACAGGGGCCCAGCCGGCGGCCAGAGGGAGGAGGCGGAGGCCGAGCAGCUGCGGCAGCUCCGCGGGGAGCUGGCGCGGGCCGCGUCCUGCACGCAGCACCUGCUGCAGGAUGAGAAGCGGGCGCGGGAGCAGGAGCUGCAGGCCCUGCAGGAGGCGCUGCGACAGCACCAGCGGGAGGACCUGGAGGAGCGGCAGAAGGUGCAGGCCCGGCUGGAGCGGCUGGGGGCCCAGCUACGGGGCCUGCGGGGCGCGCCCGGGCCGGAGACGCACGGCAGCAGGCUCCCGGAGCAGGAGCAGGUCGGCCUGGCGACGUUGCCGCUGCCCGUGGCCGGGGCCCAGAGCCCCCGACCUCAGUCCGCCAGCCCGAGCAAGCGGGCACAGGGGCCGCCGGAGGAGCCGGAGAACGCCCUAGACUGUGCGCAGGACACAGAGCAGCCCACAGAAGUGCCCCUGGGCCCCUCUCCCGGGCAGGAGGGGAGCCCGGGGUCCCCCGACACCAGAAGGGCCUCACAGCUGGCCGCCAAGAUCCACAGUGUCCUGGGCCUGAUGGUGGACCUCCUGAGCUGCCAGGGCCACAGCUCUCCGGAUGCAGAUGGUGCAGCUCGGCCCCAAGGCAGUGAGAGAGGGGGGCAGUCCAUGAUGCAAAAGCUGAAGCACUUGCAGCUGAAAAAGAGACAUUUAGAGAAGGAGCUGCUGAAACAUAAACAGAGAAUCAUGAUGUUCAGAAAGUCGAUCGCUAACAGCAAAGCAGCUCAGCGGCAGGCUCAGGUGACAGACUUGGAUUCCGCCGACACCGGAAGCGUCAUCGAAGUACCGGUCUUGCUGGACACCAAGUUGGAUGAGUACCACCUGCUGAACCAGGAGCUGGACUUGGUGGUCACAAAGUUGGGGAGUCUUCUGGAGUCCAAAGAAAACCAUUGCCACAGACUCAUCGAAGAAAACGACAAGUAUCAGAGAUAUCUGGACAGCUUGAUCGAUAAGGUCACAUCCUAUGAGGAGAUCAUCGAGUGCGCGGACCACCGGCUCGCCGUCUCCUGCUCCCACAUCACACAUUUGGAAGAGAGGAACAGACAUUUGGAGGACUUGAUCCGGAGGCCCGGAGAGCGAGCAAGAAAACUCAGGCUGCGGGGGCUGGAGGCGCAGCCCCGGCUCGCGGGCAGGGCGGGCAGCAGGGAUGGGCACUGCCAAGAGGGCCAGGUUCCGGUGUAA